AUGGCCCGGCGGCGGCGCCGCGCCUGCAUCGCGCUGUUCCUGGUGCUGCUCUUCGCCUUCGGCACGCUCAUGGGCCUGCGCACGCUCAAGGCUCCGGACGGGCUCCCUGCCCUGGGCCCAGGCCUGGAACUGGCGUCCUUUGAGCGACGCCCGGAGGGACCCCCUGCGCCGGCCGCCCGGGCCCCGGCCGCCCCCGCCGCGCCUCCGCCUCCGCCGCCUCCGCCCCGCACGGUGGGCCCGGGCAGCCCCCCGGGACCGGCCCCCGCAGAGGCCGAGCCCGCUCCCGGACAGAGUCUGCGCGUCUACUCGGACCUGCACGCCUUCUACUAUUCGUGGUAUGGGAGCCCGCGGCGCGAGGGCCACUACAUUCACUGGGACCACGUCAUGGUGCCGCACUGGGACCCCAAGAUCUCGGCCAGCUACCCCCGCGGCCGCCAUAGUCCCCCCGACGACUUGGGCUCCAGCUUCUACCCAGAGCUGGGGCCCUACAGCUCCCGGGACCCCGACGUACUGCGGGAGCACAUGACCCAGCUCAAGGAAGCCGCCAUCGGUGUCCUUGUCCUGUCCUGGUAUCCACCUGGCAUGGCUGAUGAUAACGGGGAACCCUCAGAUGACCUGGUGCCCGCCAUUCUGGACACGGCCCAUCAGUACGACAUCCAGGUGGCCUUCCACAUCCAACCCUACAAGGGCCGGGAUGACAUCACUCUGCACGACAACAUCAAGUACAUCAUUGACACGUACGGGUCCCACGGCGCAUUUUACCGCUACAAGAACAGCAUGGGUAAGAGCCUCCCACUCUUUUAUAUCUACGACUCAUACCUGACAACCCCUGAGGCCUGGGCCCAUCUCCUGACACCAAAUGGGCCCCACUCAAUCCGCAACACCCCCUAUGAUGGGGUCUUCAUAGCGUUGCUGGUGGAGGAGGGACACACUCACGACAUUCUGGCCGCCGGAUUUGAUGGCAUGUACACCUACUUUGCCUCCAAUGGUUUCUCCUUCGGCUCCUCCCAUCAGAAUUGGAAAGCUGUGAAGAACUUUUGUGAUGCCAACAACCUAAUGUUCAUUCCCAGUGUGGGGCCUGGCUACAUUGACACCAGCAUCCGGCCCUGGAAUAACCACAACACACGGAACAGGGUCAAUGGCAAAUACUAUGAGACAGCCCUGCAGGCAGCCCUGACGGUGAGGCCCGAGAUCGUCUCCAUCACCUCUUUCAAUGAGUGGCACGAGGGCACCCAGAUUGAGAAGGCCAUUCCCAAGAAGACUCCAACUCGUCUCUAUUUGGACUACCUGCCUCACCAGCCCAGCCUGUACCUGGAGCUGACUCGCCGCUGGGCGGAGCACUUCAUCAAAGAGAAGGAGCAGUGGCUGAUGUGAGGGGCCUGCCAUCAGAACGUGAGGUGCUGACGUCCCAGCCUCACUAGAAAAUCGUCACCCCCGUGGGGCUCAGCUGAGGUUAUGGGCAUUUGCUGUCUCCCGAUCAGCAGCUGGGUGCUCCUGGGCGAGCCAGCAGCCUGGGCCCAUGUGGGAAGUGGGCCAUGUCAGCCAAGUGGUGCUGGGGCUGCUCUGUAGUUACAGGAAGCAGGGUGGUGUCCUGGAGAGGAAACUGUGUGUAGGAGCUGGCAGGGGACUGGACUUAGCCCAGGGAAGCUUCACAUCCCCAGUCAGAGCACUUUAAAAUUAUCCCUUUGAGCUUCGAACUCAGCAGGUUGGCGUGGUGUAGCGGAGGUGCCACACCACUGCUCUCAGAAGGGCGUCAGGGUUCUGGGCCAGCAUGCACCCUGCUCCCUUCUGCCAGCCUCCGCCUUCUCUUCGGGCGUCCUUCCAACAUCGUCUAUUUCCUCCAAGUUAGGGGACCGUAUUUGAGACUUUCUAAAAGGGAAAUUCUAGGUUCAAGCUCUUCCCAGUAGAUUCCUGAACCCAAUUUUCAGGCAAUCCUCCAGAGCGUCCACACACACAUCCAACACAGACUAACCGAGCACUUUACUCUGUGCUGGGAGCACAUGACCAGAAACGGUUUUGUCUUCCCACUGCCUCCAGGAUCCAGCUUCCCUUGUUUGGUAUGGCCUUGUAGCUAGUGCUGAAGCACAGCUAUAGGUGUUUCCUUUUCGCAGUUUUACCCCUGCUGGGUGUUGUUUCCUCUGAGAAAAUACCUCUGUGCUCAGCCUCCGUUUUCCCAGAUGAACAUUUAGCUCCAGGGAAAGGACUGGGACACACCCCUCCCUUUAGCUGCCUAAACUGAAAUGAAGCCCAUUCACUAGAGCCAUUUUCAGUGCUACUGUGAUUUGUAUUAAUUAAAUAUGAUGUCGUAUUCUCAAAAGCAAGCAUUCCUCUUGCUCUUUUCAACACUUCACAAAUUCUGACCCCUCAGAUUCUGACAAAGUGACAUGUGGGAUGGCUAGUGUUAAUGAAGAGUUUACUUAAAUUCGUAGUUUAAACAAGAUUUCUAAAGGGAAUAUUUAAAAAAACCAUUGCUUCUUUACAAAUAAACUAAUAUGCUAAUCGCAGAGACACUAAAAGCAGGCCCUAGGACACCUUCUUGGCAAGAUUCUUAGGAUCUACUUGAAAAAAAUACACACUGGAAACCACUAUAUUAAGUUUAUGGGCUCAAGACUGAAUCCCAAUUCUGGGAACUGGGGUGCAAGGCAGAAGGGAGGCAGUGGGCCCCGCUGGGUACCACAAGGACUCCAAGCUGCAGCAAGGUACCUGAUACUAAACCCCACCAAUGGACAGGGUAGGCCUGGUCACCUGGUUUGUGACUUAGCUGGGGAAACCAAGGCAAGCAGGGACAGGUGAAAAGGGUUAGAUGGUGACCUGUAGUCAUUUACAGAAGGGAGUAACAUUGAGGCCUCAUUUCACAGACACAAUUGGAAAAAUACUAGAAGUAUGGUGAUGCUGACGGCAACCUGAUUCAGUUCUUUUGAAGGCUUCUCUGUGUCAAGGGCCAUAAAAAUAUUCAUACACUUUGACCUAGUAAUUCUGCCCUAAGGAAAUAAUUCAAACAAGAAAAAUA